AUGAGGUGUUGCAGUAAGAAUGCAGUAAACGCAGAUAGCCCUAAGAAGGUAAUCGUUGGCGACACGGAGGAUGACACCCGGGAAGAGGAGAACCCGUACGAAGACCUGCCCACAGUUACUGUCACGCUGAGCGACGGCUCAGUGUACACGGGUACUACAAAGGACAAUCGUGUGCACGGACGGGGCGUACUGCAAUACGCAAAUGGAGACCAAUACGAAGGAGAAUUUGUUGACGGUCAGAAGGAAGGAAAGGGAAAAUGGACCGACACGGAAAAUAAUACAUACGAAGGAGACUGGGUAAAAGAUAAAAGACAUGGACAUGGAGUGUACAAAACAGCAGACGGAUUUAUUUUUGAAGGUGAAUUCGCAAAUAAUAAAAGAGAAGGAAAAGGAACCAUUAUCACGCCGGAAAAGACUAAAUAUGUUUGCUCAUUUAAAAAUGAUGAAGAAGUAGGAGAGGUGGAAUUUUUUUUUGCAAAUGGUGAUCAUGCCCUGGGAUAUAUUAAAGACGGCUAUUUAUGUCAAAAUGGAAGAUAUGAAUUUAAAAAUGGAGAUAUUUACGUGGGGAAUUUUGAGAAAGGAUUAUUUCACGGCGAGGGUUACUACAAAUGGAACAACGAUGCGAACUACGCCAUAUAUGAGGGCAAUUAUUCUGGAGGGAAGAAACACGGGAAGGGUCAGCUCAUCAAUAAGGAUGGACGCAUUCUCUGUGGUGUAUUCAGGGAUAAUAAUAUGGAUGGCGAGUUUUUAGAAAUUAGUCCUCAGGGGAACCAAACCAGGGUUCUGUACGACAAAGGCUUUUUUGUCAAGGUUGUGGAACAUAUUGAAGAAAACCUAGACGUGCAGGAAUUUCUAAAAGACUCGAUCAUUCACACAAGUAUCUUUUCCGACCCGACUACGUACAAGAAGUUGUAUGAGAUCACAGAAAAGAAGAAGCCCCAAUUUCGCAUCAACUUAAAAAGGACGCAGCCAACGAGUUGA